UUUUCCUCCUCCUCUUUCAGCCCUCAUUCACUCCAUCACUACCCAACACCACCCACUUCUCUUUCUCCUUCUGUCUCCUCUCGUCUCCAUUUCCACAUCAUCAGGAAGAUAACUGUGGUGAUGAUGAUGAUGAUUAUGGUAGUCUGACGCUGUGGAUGCUGAAUGAUAACGCAAGAAAGGACUGAAAGAGAUGUGCCCUGAGGCUGAGCUCAGCGCUGAUCGAUGCUGAGAAGACAAAAGGAAAAUAACGGAAAGAGAGGGAGGUAGAGGUGGUUGGAGGGUGGGGUGGGGGGGGGGGGGGUCUGUCUGAGCAGCAGUGCGAACAUUGGCUUAAUAAAAGAGAAGAGGAGGGGGAGGGAGGGAGAAAGGAAGCUGUCAUUUGUCAAGGGGGGAUCCGUCUAUGCUGUCAUGGACAAAUAUCGACCAAAGAGACCAACUACCUUGGCCCUGUUCCCACAGCUGCCACAAGCCGGCACCCAGGACUCCAUCAACAACAAUUCUUUAGGCAAGGCCAGCUGGAAAGACUCCCACUCUUCCUCCCCACAUAUCACGGGGGAUCUCGCUCCACUAGAUGUCCAACCAAAAGCUGAGGACAAAGUCCAGCACAGCACUCAGCGCCGGCCAGCACCCAAACCUCCAACAGCCAAUGUAUCCAACAGCAGAGCCAAUGGUCAGGCUGCUGCCACUGGCUCAGACACACGAGCUCGACCACGGGAACAAUCAAUGCCUGGAGCUAUGCAUACACAGUCUUCCCGCACACUAAGGAACCAGAGGAGAGCAGGAAGUGGAGGAGGAAGAGGGGGAGGAAAAGGAGCAACAGUGAUGAGAGACAGGGGCCUGGGCGACCUCAGAGGAAAAGAUGGAGUGAUAGAUAGAAGAGGAGGACGACCGUGUGAAGAGUCAAAAGCAAAAGACAAGAAUGGACAUCAGAGGCCAAGGGAAGAAAACGGACUGAAAGGCCGAGCAGCUGAUGGGAGAGGAAAAGGAGGCACUAAAGGAGGCAACAGAGGAAGCGCCUUAAAGUCGAAUAAAACUCUGUCUAAUAAGGAAGUCUAUCUGCCUGCUAUGGUGGUGCCGCGCACACCCAUAGUACAGAGAAACCUGGAGACAACACACCAAGACCAGAACCAUGACAGGACCCAGGACAACCCCUCUGUCCUCUCCCGGUCCAGCAGUGAGGGAGGGUCCAACAGGAUGUCCCUUAGCUCAGACACAGAAGGACCCCCAUCAGGGCCUCUGCAUCCCUCUCUGACCUACCGAACUAACCCUGACAUCAGUGAAGAAGAGGGGGAGGGAGUUCCAACUCCAUGCCUAAACUUACAGAAUGAUCUAACGUGCUGUCCCACAGGUAACAGCAAAACGGACUGUACCACUGAAACAGGGGUAGACCCCAAAAAAGAAAAGGAUGACAAUAUCAUGGCCUCUGUGGCUAAUCAGACUGUACCAAUCCGUGAAACUUUAACAGGGUUAAAUUAUGACUCUGUUAAAUAUACUCUGGUGGUGGAUGAACAUGCUCAACUGGAGCUGGUGAACCUCAAGUACUGCUUGAAUGGUUACAACGAGCACAAUGAUGACAGUGAUGCAGAAACGGUCUAUCAGUCAGCCAAUGAGGAUGAAGACCCACAGUAUGUGGAGGAGAAGAAGAAAAAUGAGGAAGCAAAAAAGAAAGAGAGGAGGGAAGUGGCAGAAAAAAGAAGAAAUGAGGAAGACGUGAAGAAGAGGAGGGAGGAGGAGGUGAAGAGGAGCAGGGAAGUCAUGCCAAGAUCCUGCAAGCUGUCCAAGGUAACAUCAUCCACAACGUCAGAGGAAGAAGAGUCGAAUGGUGGAAGAGCUUGUGCUCCCAUAAGCAGAAAGUUCCUCAACCUGUUUGCCAAGAACGACAGCCAGAACAGUGCCACAGGUGCUGGCUCGUUUGGUGUGUUCUCCUGUGUUCUGGAUGGAGUGGAGAGGCAACAGAGUCACAGAGCUGUCUACAGGUUUGUUCCUCGUCAUGCAGAUGAGCUGGACCUUGAAGCAGAUGACCCUAUCUUAAUGUUGAACCAGUCUAAGGACCUGUGGUGUCAGGGUUACAACAUGAGGACUGGGGCUAUAGGCAUUUUUCCCGCCUUCUAUGCUGUCAGGGUGCCCAAAGAAAUUGAGCAAGUUCAAAAAGAUGGUUGGAUUGAGAAGUUCCUGGUGCAAUAUCUGGGUUCCGUUCCGGUUCCCAUCUACACAGGCAAAGAUGUGCUGUGUGCUGCAAUGCAGAAGGUAGCAUACAACAGGCGGUCAGCGGGUCAGCCUCCAUCAGCCUGUGCGCUGGAAGUCAGUGUGAAAGGGGUGAAGAUGAGUGUCCAGGAUCAGUGCCACUCCGCUCACAGGGGGGACCAGUGCUUCCAUUUCUUCCAGUUGAAAAAUAUUUCAUUCUGUGGUUGUCAUCCAAAAUACAGCAGGUACUUUGGCUUCAUCACCAAGCACCCUGACCAGCAGCGCUUUGCUUGUCAUGUCCUGAUGUCACAAACAACUUUACAUCCUUUAGCAGAAUCUGUCGGGAGGGCAUUCCAGCAGUAUUACAAGGAGCACGUCGGCUACUCCUGUCCCACUGAAGACAUCUUCAUUGAAUAAUGCCUCCUGUCCAUCCAUUCUAUGAAUUUAAUAUUCACUAUGUGCAUGUAAGCCUGGUCUUAUAUACCACCAACUGGAUUACCAAUAUAUCUUCUUUGCAUGGUGGGUUAUUUCUUUUCUAAGCUGCAUCCACUAAUACAGCAAGCUUCUCCUUCUUUUGGCCAUAUCACAAUAUGAAUAAUUCUAUGGAUUGAUAGGGACACGUGGGAUUUUUCACGCCACAGAAAGUUACCAAUAGUUAAACAGAGAUAUUGAAUAUUAAUGCAUUUUAUUUGCAAAAAUUAUCUUAAUUAACUAUGCAUGGAUAUUGCAUAUAUACAGACUACCUUCAGAGCUACUCUAGCCCACAAAGCCAAAUCUCAGCAACUACAAAUGUUGUUAGAAAAAAUCUGAAUCAUCUUUCUGAUAUUAGCAAUUACCAUACAAACAAUCUGGCACCAUAGAAACAUGUCAAUAUCUGUCAAUGAUUGUAAGCAAUCUAAUGAGACAAUGUUUAAAUAACAGUGUUAGUCAUUGAAUCACAUAACAUUAUAGGAGCUCAAAUAAAACACAUGAGUAAAAUCUCAUAAGAUUUAAAGUAGUGGUCCUAAAAACUAGCUGGAAGUGCAGCUUCUGAUUUUAUUUGAUUAAACAACCUUUGAAGUACAUAUUUAAAUGUUCAGAGAUACAUAUAUUUAACUUUAGCUCAUAAGUCCUGGGCAACAAAGCUUUAAGCAGAAUAAAAAUUAAAUUAUAUAACUUAAAUAUUUGUUAGAUUGUUUAAGAGCCUUAAAACUUAAGAGCCAGGUCGCUGUGGUUCAGGUAGGAGAGCAGGUGUCGACCAAUUUGGUUGGUAGAUUGAGCCCUGGCUCCUCCAGUCCACAUGUCAAAGUAUCCUUGGACGAGACACUCAACCCCAAGUUGCCCCUGAUGCAUCUAGAAGCACUAGAUAAAAGUGGUGUGAAUGUGUGAUUGGGUGAAAAAGACUUGUGGUAGAAAGUCCUUUGAGUGCUCAUAUUGAGUAGAAAAGAGCUAUAUAAGUACCAGUCCAUUUAACAUUUAAGUGCUGUUUGCAUAGGUAAUCAUGUAUGACUUUUUAGGGUUAGUAUGGAGUUCAAUGAAAACAAAAAUUUUAAAUAAAUUCUUCCUGAAUUUGCAAAGAGUGCGCAAAAGAAAAUAAUCACUUUGAUGAUUGAGCAAACAACCACAAAUAACAUCACCCGAAAGAGACUUCAAAUAGUCACAAAACAACUACCAAGAGAUGCAAGACGCAGGUGAGAGAACGUUUAAGUGUAUUUAGGGGCUCAUAGCCUCAGGAUGCAUCUAUGGUCACCAGCCAUUAGGAUUCAUGAUCAUUUGUUUAAACUCACAUGGCAGUCUGUCCAGUAUUUGUAUAGUCUAUGAAACUGAUGGGUGACACUACAUAGUUCAACAAAUGGAAAAACAAAAAAAUCUGGUUCUUCUAGUUAAACAAAUCUAGAGAUGUUACUGCUUUUCUCUUUUAGAGUGGGGGAAAAAUUAUCUGAUGCCCUGCUGAAUUUGUAAAGUUUACUCACUUAUAAAGAAAUGAACACUCUCAAAUGUUUAUGGUAGUUUCAUUUUAAUGGAGAAAGAAUGACACACAAAAAUCCAGAAUAAAAACAUAAAAGUUCGAAAUGUAUUUGGACGCCAUUGAGUGAAAUAUGUAUUGGAUUUCCAAGCCGUUUUCUAGUUACCUGAAAUGAUGGAUAUUGGGAAUGUCAUUACUCCAGAGUUGAGUGCAUUCUUAUAGUAAAGUCAGAAACACAAGGAAAAACUUUUUUUGUCUAAGGACGGUUGAGCCAUUCAUGUAUCAUUACCAAUACAAUACAGUACUUUCUUUGCACUUUACAACCCGACUGCUGCAACACUGGCUGCACGGAUUAAAGAUUUUACAGUUUUUCUAAUGUUUGAUGUUCACUGCCAUCAUCUUGGACUGUUAACUUGGGGUUAAUUCCACAAAUUCAGCUUCUGACUUGUGGACAUGAAAAACUGCAUGUAUAAAGGCUAAUUUACACUGCCUGUAGCCCUGCUCUCAAAAACUGACAUAGAUGUAACUCUGUAUGUGUGGCUGGUUUUAAGAAAGAAAUGCUUAAAGUUCAAGUUUUUAGAAUAUAUGUAGCGCCAUCUUGUAUCAGUUACAGAACAUUACAUCAUCGGGUUGGUUGGAGUCAACAGACAUUGCAUUAGUUUAUGUUAGCUAACUAGUAACACAACCAAUAACCCAGGGAAAAAUAAGGACUGUAAAACUUUUGUGCUGCUUUUCCUCACCAGGCCUGAACUGUGCAGUCAGCUGUUAAAACAGUUUCUCACAAGGUGUGAUCAGCACUAUUUUAUGUAAUAAUAUUCUCUUUUCCCAAGCAUAUCCAAACUGGGUUUUUUUGUCACACCACAAACAUAACUAUGUUUUUUACCAAAACACGAUUGAAAAUCUUAACGUCCAUCAGCAUGUCCAUAGGAAAAAAAAUUUUAAAUCUCCACUAGUGCUGUCAGCGUUAAUCUCAUUAAAAUGACGUUAAUGCCAUAACCGCAUUAA